GCGCGCGCGGGCUGGCUGGCUGCGGGCCGGGCGGCCUCGCCUCACAGAGCGAAGGCGGGAGGGCGCGCGCCGGGGCCGCCUGCUCGCUCGCUCACUCGCUCCCUCCCUCCCUCCCUCCGCCGGUGGGUUAGUCAGUCAGUCAGUCCACCAGCAGCCAGCGGGCCCGCAAGCCGCAGAGGGCCCGAAUCUCGGCGCCGGCGCCUUCUCCUGCCAUUGUUCGUCGGGCGGCUGCAGCGGCGGGCUCAGGAGCCCGGGCCCCGGGGGCCACCGCAACAUCAUGACAACAGAGAAGAGUUUAGUGGCGGAAGCUGAAAAUUCACAGCACCAACAACAGAAGGAAGAAGGUGAGGGAGCCACAAAUUCAGGCCAACAAGAAACUCAGCUUGAGGAGGCUUCUCAGGAGGCAGCUGAGGGAGAUAAUCAGUGUGAGCAGAAGCUGAAAACAUCUAAUGGAGAUACUCCUACACAUGAAGACUUAACCAAGAACAAGGAGCGGACAUCAGAAAAUAGGGGCCUGUCACGGCUAUUCUCCUCAUUUCUCAAAAGGCCUAAGUCUCAGGUUUCUGAGGAAGAAGGCAAAGACGUAGAGUCAGCUAAAGAGAAAUGUGAAGGAGGUCAGAAAGAGAUAGAAUUUGGAACCAGUCUUGAUGAAGAGAUCAUUUUAAAAGCCCCAAUUGCAGCUCCUGAACCUGAACUCAAAACAGACCCAUCCUUGGAUCUUCAUUCAUUAAGCAGUGCAGAAACACAGCCCGCUCAGGAAGAACACAGAGAAGAUCCAGACUUUGAAACUAAGGAAGGAGGAGACCUUGAAGAGUGCUCUAAAAUAGAAGUAAAAGAAGAAAGUCCUGAGUCAAAAGCAGAAAGAGAAUUAAAAGCUUCCCAGAAAUCCAUCAGAAGACACAGAAACAUGCAUUGCAAGGUUUCUUUGUUGGAUGACACAGUUUAUGAAUGUGUUGUGGAUAAACAUGCAAAGGGGCAAGAUUUGCUUAAGCGAGUGUGUGAGCACCUCAAUCUUUUGGAAGAGGACUACUUUGGUCUAGCCAUUUGGGAUAAUGCAAACUCUAAGACAUGGCUGGAUUCUGCCAAAGAAAUAAAAAAGCAGGUUCGUGGUGUCCCCUGGAAUUUCACAUUUAAUGUAAAAUUUUAUCCACCUGACCCGGCACAGUUAACAGAAGAUAUAACAAGAUAUUAUUUAUGCCUUCAGCUUCGACAGGACAUAGUUGCAGGACAUCUGCCUUGUUCCUUUGCAACCUUAGCAUUAUUAGGUUCUUACACCAUCCAGUCUGAGUUGGGAGACUAUGACCCAGAACUUCACGGUGCCGAUUAUGUUAGUGAUUUUAAACUGGCCCCAAAUCAGACCAAGGAGCUUGAAGAGAAGGUCAUGGAACUCCAUAAGUCAUACAGGUCCAUGACUCCAGCUCAAGCUGAUCUGGAAUUUCUUGAGAAUGCCAAAAAGUUAUCUAUGUAUGGUGUUGACCUUCAUAAAGCAAAGGACUUGGAAGGAGUGGAUAUCAUCCUAGGUGUCUGCUCUAGUGGCCUUCUGGUUUAUAAAGAUAAGCUGAGAAUUAACCGCUUCCCUUGGCCCAAAGUGCUGAAGAUUUCUUACAAACGUAGCAGCUUUUUCAUCAAGAUCCGUCCUGGAGAGCAAGAACAGUAUGAGAGUACCAUUGGAUUCAAACUUCCCAGUUACCGAGCAGCUAAGAAAUUAUGGAAAGUCUGCGUAGAACAUCACACAUUUUUCAGAUUGACAUCUACAGACACCCUUCCUAAAAGCAAAUUUCUUGCACUGGGAUCCAAAUUUCGAUACAGCGGCCGGACUCAGGCGCAGACCAGGCAAGCUAGUGCCCUGAUUGACAGGCCUGCCCCACACUUCGAGCGUACAGCAAGCAAACGGGCAUCCCGAAGCCUUGAUGGGGCAGCGGCUGUUGAUUCAGACCGAAGUCCCCGGCCCACCUCUGCACCCGCCAUUGCUCAGAGUCAGGACACAGAGGUUUCUAAAGCACAGAAGGAAACAGUGAAGGUUGAAGAGCAAAAGGAAGAAGUGCCACCCGGGCAGGCUGAGCCGGAACCCACAGAAGCAUGGAAGGUGGAAAAAACCCACAUCGAGGUCACAGUACCCACCUCAAAUGGUGACCAAACACAGAAGCUUGCAGAAAAAACUGAAGAUCUGAUAAGAAUGAGGAAGAAAAAGAGAGAGAGACUAGAUGGUGAAAACAUUUAUAUCAGACAUAGCAAUUUAAUGUUGGAGGAUUUAGACAAAAGUCAAGAAGAGAUAAAAAAACAUCAUGCCAGCAUCAGUGAGCUGAAAAAGAACUUCAUGGAAUCUGUACCAGAACCACGGCCUAGUGAAUGGGAUAAACGCUUAUCCACUCACUCCCCAUUCCGAACACUUAACAUCAAUGGGCAGCUUCCUACAGGAGAAGGAAAUAUAAAUGGCAUUCGCACAGAGGAGGCGGCUGCCGUGGCAAAGGGGCCAUCUACCAACCCUGACUCUGAAUGGGAUGGUCCCAAGCAUUCAGUAAUUCCUAGUAAGAGCCAAAUGACCACCCCGUCGGAGUCUCCACAAAGCUUUGAGUUUGGCUCCCUGUCCAUAAGCAGCAAGGAGACAGAAGAGAAGGAGCGGGGGGCAGCUGGCUAUCUUGAUGUUAAGGAAAUACCGAGAGGCUCAAGUGGGGAAUGUAUAGGAAUGGAGGAACAGGACAGUGCCUUAAACUUCUCAGUAUCGCCAGCUUCCUCUCAGCUGCAACUUGGUGAAAAAAAGGCAGAGAGUAGUGAAGAACAUGUUACACCAGGAGAGCCACUUGGAAAGCAAAAUGGAUCAUUUCAUGACUCUCGUGUGGGUAACCAGUUCCCCAGCCUCAUUCGAAGUUUCCAGCCUCCCCUGGUGAAGACUCAGACCGUCACCAUCUCAGAUACUGCCAACGCUGUGAAAAGUGAAAUCCCAACCAAAGAUGUCCCUAUUGUUCACACUGAGACCAAGACCAUCACUUACGAGGCUGCCCAGACUGAUGACAGCAAUGGGGACUUGGACCCAGGAGUCCUGCUGACAGCUCAGACCAUCACAUCUGAGACCACAAGCAGCACAACCACAACUCAGAUUACCAAGACCGUAAAAGGUGGGAUUUCAGAGACCCGGAUUGAGAAGAGAAUCGUGAUCACGGGAGAUGCCGAUAUUGACCACGACCAGGUCCUCGUCCAGGCCAUCAAGGAGGCGAAGGAGCAGCACCCAGACAUGUCAGUGACCAAGGUGGUCGUCCAUCAGGAGACCGAAAUCUCUGAGGAAUGAGCUCAGGAAAGGAACUAUCCUACCCCAACUCCCUGCCUGUCUCCCAUCCACAAGAAAACCAGCAAAAUUACUGAUAAAGAAGCUUACCUGCAACAGUCAGACUUCAGGCUUUCAAAAUUGCUAUAAACCACCAGAAAAUUAACUUUGUUUUCUAUUUGGGGUUUAUACCGAGAGAGUCUUCUAGACGUUGCUGAUUCUUUUAAUACCUUUUUCUAUAUUGUGAUACCAGAGAUUGUUCAACUUUUCACUCUGCGGACUGUUUUUAAAGAGCUUUGCGUUUUUUUAAUGGGGUGGUUUGUAACCCCUUCAACCUAGCCUCUCCCCCAUUUACUUCCAACCCAGAUACUGACAGGUCUACAGAGUUCUUGGGGAAAUCCUCCAGAGGCUCUGUCAGCUGUGUUGGGGGCCAAAGUCAGCUUAAUGGGGCUUCCCUGCUCCUCCCCUACUUUUAUACCCUUUCAAUGUCAGCAGAAACUUUGUGAACCAGCCCUUUCUCAGAGCCAAUGAUGUGACUUUACCAUGUGAAGCAGGGCAGCUUUCCUGAUCCACACACCGCAGGGAGACAUCCCUGUCCUUUUGUUGAGGGUGGUAUUGGUGAGGCAGAGAUCUCUGCUAAGAAUGUAGUGUUGUGUUUCCUUCUUUCCUCCUGUUCUUUCUUUUGGAGCUUCUUUAGAUCAAAGACACAAGAAGUUGUUCCAGAUAUAUAUGAUACUGUGAAUGUUCGAACAAAUCUGUGGCCUUCACCUUCCUGCCCUCCCUUCCCCUUUAACCUCGUCAGAAGCAGUGGCUCUGCUAAGUGCUCCCCCCACCUCCCAUCUCAGGAGACCAAAACUCACAGAAAAAUAGGCACUUUUGGCCAAAAGCUCUAAUGGCACAAUUUUAGUGAUGAUUUGAGUAAGGAAAGUUGAUGAGGUUUAAAAAAAAAAAAAAGGCUUUCUAGUUCUGGGAAUGUGCACUUCACACAGGGGAAUGGUGUUUACCUCAGUCAGAUCCCACUAAGAAGUAUUUCCAGGUGACCAACCCUGGACCUUUUUCUUUAACCCUGGGAUGAUUGGAAAUAUGACUCAGAGAGGAGGUUGUGUUCCUUGACCUUUCUUCUCCUGACCGGUACCUGCCUGCAGCAAGGGAGGCAGGGAGCAAGGGAAUUGGCUUUUAGGGGCCAUCCUUCCCUCAAAACCCCACACGCUAGGCAGCACCAACACCAGCUCUGCUCAUUCCCACUCUCCAUCUGAGGUCUGUCAGGUCUUGUAGGCUUGAUCUUUGUGGUGGGUUGUGGGUUUAUUUUACUUCUAACUUUUUUUCCCUUAGUUUUGGAAAUGGGACUGACCGAUGAGCCCAGUUCCACCAUUACUGGUUGAUCUGGGGGCCUUUUUAUUCAAUAGUGCUUCCCAAGUCUUCCAGCUGGCUUCCCACAAACACAUCUGCCUGGAAGUUCUUAGAAUCUUAUGGUGGGACAGAAGUGAACUUCAUGAACUAGACGGUGGGUCACAGUCAGCAGUCUCUGGGCUCAGGAGGCAUGAGUGAGAGAAGUGUAAAACCUCUGGUCCCCACAGUGGGGGCCAGCCGCAUGUGUCCAAAGCCUCUACUGGCUGAGUCUUCUAGACAAAGUCGGUUGGUUUGAACUGAUUUCAAAUGUCUGCAUUUUUCAUUUAGUACUUAUGUGAGCCUGUUACUAACCACAAGGCAGCUCUCUGGAGAGGGACAGGAAGAGCUCAGGUGGGACGUGUGACAGGCCUGGGAGAAAGGACUGUCCUGUCUCAGGAGCAGACUUCUGGCCUGUGGGCAUAGGGUCCGAAAUGAUGGGGCUGGCUUGUUGGUGCCUAAGCCUGGCCUGUGCUGCCAGGGGUGGUGGUGAGGUUCGGAAUCCAGCUCACAUCAAAUAGCAUGUAACGUGAGCUUGCUUUCCAGCGGCCAGCUGUCCUGCUGAAAGAGCUCCCAGCUCCCAGAGCUGACAGCUGUGGAAUGAGAGGGUGGGGGUGAGGAAGAGCGCCCACCGAGUUAUCCGCUGUCCACGCUGGUGUUCCUGUCCGCACCGCUGAUGGGGGCCUGCACGCCCCUUUGACUUUGUCACCAGCUCACGGUGCUUCUCCUCUGCUUCCUUGACUGUAAACUGGGCCAGAAGAUCUCAAAUGCCCUUGCAGCGCUGAGAAGCCACAACUUGGAAAAGCUAGGAAGAGGAUGUCCUUCCAAGCUUCUUCCCCUAUCCUCCCUCUCUGGGAACAGAUCUGGGGCUUUGACAAUUGUUUGGAUUUUUUUUUUUUCUUCCUGCAGUUGUGUGUGCAUUUGUGUGUGUGUGUGUGUGUGUGUGUGUGUGUGUGUGCGCGCGCGUGCGUGCGUGCGUGCGUGUGAAGAAAAACAGAUUCUGUCCAGGUGGAAAUGGUGAAGAAGGGAGGAGAGAGCUUCAUUUCCAGGGUCAGAGACUUGGCAGCCGUUUUCCUGAAGUGACUCAGACACACCACAGUGACAACUCUCACUGCAAUUUUAUUUUUAUUCCACUUGAGAAGUAAAGACUUCCUCCAAGCCACAUGAGGUCUCUGCCACCCACCUACCCACCCACCCACCAAGCAGGACCUGAAUUUCUAAGCCAAGGGCCCACAGAACCUGGCUGCAGGGACCUCUCGGGGCCUCUUCUCCUGCCCGCCCAGGCCCCCCCACCAAUUGCAGGCUCUGCAUGGCAGCCUAGGGGGAGGGACCCCGGUCUACCCUGGGAAGUGGAACCAGAGCUUCGGCCUGACCAACAUCAAGGAAUGCUCGUUGGAAAGAUCUGCCCAGGAUGUCCGCCCCAGGCUGGUGGUUUUUACAAAUCUCUCUCAAAUGUAUUAUUUUGGUGACAAAAAUGAAGGAGCUUUGUAAAUUUUUUUAAAAUCAUGAAUCAUAUCAAGUAGUUGUUUACAUUUCUUGACAAAAUAGGAAAUAUGGCAGCAGAAUCAAAUUGGCAAAAUCCUUAGAUUAAAAAGGCAAUAAUUAGUCUGCUGUUUUGGCCUUUUGUAGUAAGAGAAGUGGUGUAGUGUUUAGAUACGUGUUUGGUCUUGCUUCUUGUAUUGCAUUUUUCAAUAAACAAAGGAAAAAAAAACAAAACAAAACAAAAAA